AUGAGCUCCCCCACAGACCGGCCCAGCGGACAAUUGCACCUGCUCUUUGUCCGCCAUGGAGAGACACAGGACAAUAUCGACAAGAUCCUUCAAGGUCUUCGAGACACUAGCUUAACAGAGAAAGGACUCAGAGAAGGAGAGAUUCUCGCAAAGAAGCUGCAGAACCAAAGGAUCGAUGCCGUUUACCACUCACCUCUGAAUCGAAUCGUCCAGACAAUCCGACCGAUCCUCGCCGAUCGAUCUGAUAUCCCCGUUCACGCAGAUGCUGAUCUCACGGGACAGUCGCUUGGUCAACUCGAGGGCGGCUCAUACGAUACCAUUGACAUGAGCAAUCCCAGAAGCGCGGACGGCCAGCCCGGCGUCGAGCUUUUCGAUGACUUUGUAAGACGGCUGAAGAAGGUUUUGGCGGUCAUCGUUGGCACCGAAUCGCGGCAAGUCGGCGAGCAGGACAGGACGGUCCUGAUUGCGACACACGGCGUGGGCAUUACCUCGAUAUUCAAGGCUCUCGAGGCAAGCCCCUCGUGUGAAGGGUUCAACCCCAAACUGGCUGUUCGAGGCCCGGAGGCGUAUGAAGUGAGAUGGACAGAUAGUGAUGAUGUGGCGAAGCUCGUGGUCCCGCGACCCAGAGACCUGCCCGUCAAGGAUGGGUCUCUGGAUUGGUCCGCGCUUUCAGGUCAACCGUUUGUGAUUGAGCGCUGGGGUAAGAGAGAAAAGGCGUUGUAG